AUGGAAAAUGUUCUUCUCACAACGACUCCCGGUGCCUUCAUAUCUUCUCAACCUCCAACACCGGAUGUUGUAUCAGAGAUUGACCGAGAAGAAUUUUCCUUUCUUCCUCAUAUUAUACAAAUCCUCGAAAAGGUGGAGACGGGUAAAAAUGAACAGGAAAUAAAAAAUAUGAAGGCGAGGAAACUUAAAGAGAAAUUUCGGCGGUGUCAACAAAUUUUACACGAGUUGCCGGGUGCCGACUUAUCAAGAGAAGAACAAGAACAAAUCUUGCGAAAAGAGAAACAAUUACUGGACCAGAAAAGGUGA